AUGGGGGGCGAAGCCGCGGAGUGCUGAGUUAGUGAGAUACUUCAAAAACUCAGCGAUACCGAAGCAAAGAAGAAGAUUCACCCAAAAUCAAUUCUGAACAAAAUCUCAUCAUUCCAUUUCUAUUUUCUGAUCAAAUCUCCACCGGAGCAUCGCCGGCGACGACAAAUGAUUCGGACUUGAGUUUCGGACAAAGGAUCGACGGAAUCGUACUGUUAUUAGUUAGAAUACCUGAAAUGUUCACAAACGAGACGGACGGAGAGGUCGUAAUGUUGCUCGAUAUGCGAACGGUUGAGAAAGAGAUGGAUAGUGACAAUCUACUGAAUCGGAGCUAUUCGGAGGAUCUUGAUCCUAAUUUGGAAACUGUGCCGUUUUCCGGUUCCGAAGCUAAUAAUAAUGGUGGAUGUUCACCUGUCUCCAAGAAUAUUGUAUCACCUAUUCCACCGCGGAAGAUCAGAACGGAGGAUUUUAUGGAUUCAGAAAAUGAAAAAUCUGAUUACGACUGGCUCCUCACACCACCUGGGACCCCACUUUUUCCAUCAAUGGAGACGGAAUCACAGAAAAAUGCAACGAAUAAGAAUGAUAUGCUGAAUUCUCGUUCCACUGCUCUGAAACCUAGGCUCGUAAACAUCCAGGAAGAUUGUAACUCAGUGAGUAACAUUACAUCCAAGCAUCCGAAUUUGCAAUCUGGACAACUGAAUUCUUCAUGUGCUAGCAACAAAAAGCCAUCAUCAAAGACUUCUUCAGCUACUGCUUCCAGAUCUGCGACACCAACUUCACGCCCAACAUUAACUAAAAGUACGAAGCCUUCAAGAUCAGCCACACCAACUUCUCGAGUUAACGCUAAAGCUUUGGCACCUUCGGUGAGAUCUUCAACACCUUCAAAAACUACUGCUCGGCCAUCAACACCAACUGAAAGAUCCGUGUCAACUACAAAGCAAACAUCAAGAUCAGCGACACCUAAUCGUUGUCCAUCAAAGCCAACAUGUUUGUCUAUCGUAUCACGUCCCCAUGGCCAGUCGUCUUCAACAUCAAAAUUUUCAGCUAGAAGUUCUAGUAAUCCAAGACCUUCACGGGGCACCUUUCCAUCCAUUAAAACCAGACCUUCAAAACCCUCCGAGGCGCCAAAUUUCCCACUUGAUGAAGCUGCACGUCCAAUGCCCGAAAGGCCGGCUUCAGCCACCAAGGGAAGACCAAUUGCAGCCGAUAGUGCUAAAUCAUCAUCUGGUAGGACUAUGUCCAAUGGGAAAACUAGACAGAAACCAAGCUCUCCUUCGAAGCAACUUGCCUCAAACGGAAGUAGUGCAUAUAACAGUGGCAAAGUAUUUCCAUUCAAGCAAAGAAUACGUUCCUCUGACGAUAAUGAGGUUAGCCCUGUGGUCAUGGGGACAAAGAUGGUUGAAAGGGUAGUGAACAUGAGAAAACUUGCCCCUCCGAAACAAGGCGAGUACCGCCCGAGCAUUGGUGAUCCUACCAGCAAGUCCUCUGCUGACAUCUCUGGCUUCGGAAGGACACUUUCAAACAAAUCACUAGAUAUGGCUUUGAGGCACAUGGAUAUAACACGAAGCAUUUCGGGCAAAGUACGCCCGGUGAUUACAAAAAUUCAGGCUUCCUCCAUGAACAAUGGCAGUUCAAGGUCUGCAAAAGUUGGAAUGACUGGAGUUUCAGACUCUCCCCUUGCUACAAGCAGCAAUGGCAGUUCAGCACCAAGCGCAUGGAGUAGUUCGAUUCGUCUAGAUGACAGUGAGACUGAAGACAACGAGCCUGCCGUGGAGAUGGUCUCAUCAUAGGAAGCUCCUUCUCUCCCGGCCAGCAAUGUUGGCUACAUUACCAGGUUCUUCCAACUGCCAACUUUUCGCCGUAUAGCUCAUGGAUCCGUUCUAAAGGAGGGUUUGUUGUAGGGAAGCAAAUACAUUGUAGUUAUGUACAAUUUAUCAAAGAUUAGUGUCAUAGUAAUUGUAUGGAUCUUCUAUGAUUUAAGAGAAUAGUUUGUUCUGAAGAGAAAAGAAAUCGUAUUCUAGUUAAUGAAUUUGAAGAGAUCCUUCAGAUGAGAUUUGUUGCUACGUUGUUGGGAUCUCCAUUGUAUGGCUGCUUCAAAUAGCCAACCAAAUAACAUUCUGUUAUAUAAUUUUAUUUUUGUUAAAAAGCA